AUGCCGCGCCAGAGCAGCCGCACUUCAAGCAGUGCCCCGCAGCGUGCCGCGCCUCCGCCGUCCCAUGGCCGCGCGGCUCCUGCGCCUGCCGCCACGCAGGCGCCCCCUCCGGCUCAGCAUGCUCCGGCACCGGCACCCGCAGCUGCUGCCCCAGCGGCAGCUCCUGCGGCAGGUGGAGGCAUGAUGUCCGGGCUCAUGGGCUCAAUGAUGUCCGGCAUGGCUACAGGCACCGGGAUGGCUGUGGCCAACCGCGCUGUGGAUGCAGUGAUGGGCCCACGCCAGACAGAAGUGGUCCAUCGUCAUGAGGGUGCUCCCGCCGCUACUGCUGCGCCAACGUGCCAGUUCCAGCAGGACCAGCUCGAGCAGUGCAUGAAGUCUUCCGGCAAUGCUGCAUCGUGCCAGUCCUACAUGGAUGCGCUGAAGGCUUGCCAGCAGGGCCAGCCCUUUGCCGACGGCGUGGAUGUCCAGGGGCUGAAAGAUUCCUUCGACGAGAAGGUCUGGGUAAGCUUCCCGGAAUAUGGCAGCCGGGUAGUCCUCUGGCAGCAGUUUAUGGAGGAGCACGGCGUCACAGUGGAUCCGGGCAAGCUCAACAUUUCGACGCUCGCGAGAGUCAGUGAGGGCUACCCAGCUGGCUCCAUCAAGCAGACGGUAGACAGAGUGCUAACCGCACGGCGCGUGCAGCAGCUCAAAAAUCGGCCGCUGAAGGUCCAAGAGUUCAUAGGGCCUUUGUCGCGGACCGCAUUCUGCUGGAAAGAGGAGUUGGAUCAGUUCCGCGAGUUUGACCACCUUAUCACCGGCGAGAAG